UCUGAGGACAAAAGUACGCGACAACUCGACAAGGGCAAACAAGAACAGCGUAGCUAACUUGAAUAGCUUGAUUGACGCAACCUGCACAACCUUAUGUUUAAAUUUCAUAUGGUGCAUUUUCGUCUGCAGGAUACCUACCACGUGGUUAAAAAGCUUCAUAUAUUUUGCUGUUUACAGUGAGGUACCUAUAUAUAAAAACAUUCCAAAAAUACAUUUUAUGAUACUAAAUGACAUUAUAGUUACAUUGGUAAAGUACCAGGUCACCGUAUCUAGCGUUCGUUUUAGUACUAAAAUAAACAUGUCCUUAGAAAAAGCAAAACAAGUGGCAGCGUACAAGGCGGUAGACAAGUUUGUGACGAAUAAUUCUGUCUUCGGCGUCGGCAGCGGAUCGACAGUUGUAUACGCCGUGCAGCGGCUAGCAGAACGAGUAAAGACUGAAAAGUUGAAGGUGACCUGUAUUCCUACAUCAUUCCAAGCCAAACAGCUCAUUCUCAAGCAUAACCUAAUCCUUGGGGAACUCGAUACGAACCCUCGCAUUGAUGUUACCAUUGAUGGAGCGGAUGAGGUGGAUGCCAACAUGAUCUUGAUAAAAGGAGGGGGAGGUUGUUUGCUACAAGAGAAGAUUGUGGCUUCCUGUUCCAAAAAAAAUAUAGUUAUUGCUGAUUAUACUAAAGACUCUUCUAAACUUGGAGAUAGAUAUAAAAAAGGGAUCCCAGUAGAAGUUAUUCCUAUGGCUUAUGUUCCUAUUAGAAACAAAAUUGUGGAUCUGUUUGGAGGAGAAGUGAAAUUGCGCAGUGCUGUCGCUAAGGCAGGGCCUGUUGUGACUGAUAAUGGAAACUUCAUUCUAGACUGGAUGUUCACCAAUCAAGACUUGGACUGGGAUCAUGUCAACAAAACCAUCAAAAUGAUACCUGGAGUUGUUGAAAUAGGGUUAUUUGUGAACAUGUGUGCGAUAGCUUACUUUGGACAACCUGAGGGGAAUGUCGUUGAGAGAUCUGCUGCAUCAAAUUAGUUUUUUUUUACAUUUUAAUAUAAUACUUUUUGUUUCCGAGCAAGCACAGGCUAUAGUUUUAUAAGAUUUAAGUGUAGAGUUAUUUAAGGGCAAAAUUAUAUAUGGCGUUAUCUAAAAACUCUGUUAUCUUAUGGUGGAAAUGUGUAUAUUUUGCAUCAUUAUUAAAUUUAAUAUUGUUUAUCCCUUCAAGUGGCAAUGUCAUUUUUUUUAGUUGGAAUUUUGAUUUUAUCUCAAUGAAUCAAAUUUUAAAUUUAAAUGACUUAAUAGACCACGACCCGGCGGCCUGCCCCUUGAAGGGUUAUUUGAUAUGAAUAACUUUAUCUAUAAUAAUAAAUAAGUUCAUAUCAUUUACACAGGCACAAUUAAGAUAAAUAUCUUAAAAUUAUUUCAGAAAUCUGGAUUUAUAUAUUUUUUUUUUAAAUCCCAUAAAUCUACAAAGGGUAUCAAUUUUGUAUUUAACAUAGUUUCAUUGUGACAGCAAUCCCAUAUAGUUUUAACAGCUAAGAACUAUAUUUUGUGGCACUGCUACUGAGCUCUAGUCUAGGACAAUGCUGAAAUUGCUGAAUGAGGGCUAACGCGUAUGAAUUCGCCGCUAGGGGCGCUAGUGUAGAUGGUGGUCUUUUCCAUAGUUCGAAAUGUCAAAUGUCACUUGUCACUUCAAUAACUGACAGCUGUUCUUUAGUCUUUUGGACCACCAUCAACAGAGGCGCCGACUGGUGAGCAAAAAAACGAUAGCCCUCAACAUGGCAGUGUGUAGAUCAAAGAGUAGUAUAAUAUGGUGCAGAUGUAGAUAUUCUAUCAUUUUAACCAUAGCAACACUUAUAUAUAAUGUUGAUCUAAACUGUCUGCUUUUUCAUUUUGUUGGUGAUACAGUCAGUAUCAAGUAAUUAAUAGCUGUGUAAUUUGUCAAAUACUUUGGAUAGCUGCUUUGUUAUAAUGUUAGUUUGAAGUUAUUUAUAGUAGAAGAGGUGUAUGAUAAAAACUAUGCCUUCAUAUUCAAGUGUGCCAGCCAAACUAGGUGGCACUAUAUGGUUAGGGGAGAGUGGGUCACAGGUAACAGUGAAUCUUUUGCAAUAACUACUAACAUUACUUGUACAAGGGUAUGCGCUCACGACGUUACCGCUUUUACGCCCCUCCGUUUACCUAACUAGAUACCAUCUCACGUUCAGAACUAAAAUUCGCAGUAAUGAGCAUCAGCUACCACGCAGCUGUAAAUCUAUUUUUUACAUCAUUUUUCAAAAGAAUUUUUUCUUUAUGGCUUGUGAUUACAAAUUCUUUCAUUAUUGUAAAUAUGUUUUUAAUGAAUGAAAAAUCGAUUUAUUACCUUAUUUUAAGCAUGCAACUACCAUCAAUGGGGAAGAGUAGAUUAUAUGAUAUUAGGUCACAGUGGAUCAACGAAAAUAAUGAUAUUAGAACUAUUAGAAGCACAAAACUAAUAUAAAUUUCCACACAAAGAGCGAAAUCUCUGGUCUUCAAUAUGUAGCCAGUAUGCAAAAAAUAAGAUAAAAAAUCAUUGCACACUGAAAAGAAAAACUGAAAAAUUAUGAUCAAUGGAUAUGAUCAAAAUUUUGCACAUAUAUCAUAAAACUUAUUAUAUUUUAAUGGAUAAAUGCUUAAACAAUCCAGUACCUCUUAUAGUUUUGUUUAAUCAGACGGUGAUCCACUGUUACCCACAUAUGGGUAACAGUGAAUAAUUCACUUUUAUAUUUUCAUAUUAUUUUAUUUCUAGCCUUCCUUUUAGCUUUUUUCUGAAAAAGGUUUAAGAGUUAGAUUGAUACUCUAAAGGCUUAGAUAAAGAAACGAUACAAAUUGAAGUUAAAAUGUCGCAACUACAGCUCUUUAAAAAAAGUGAUUCACUGAUUCACUGUGACCCACUCUCCCCUACAUAGGUAACUGAAUUCUGAAAUGACAACUAGAACUCCUGUAUUCUGGAUGUACAGUGACAUCUAUGUUAGGUAAUGAAUUAGAGGCACAAUUUUUUCUUAGAUUUUAUACCAUGUCUUAUGUGGUCACAUAAGUUGCUUCAAUGUAUCUGCUGCUGAUUAUACAAUGAAGCUAAAUAUAGGGUGGGCCAAUGAUAAAUGCAUUUUAACGAAAGACGUUUCGUUAUACGAAAAGAGAAUUUAUCACUGGCCCACCCUUUAUUUAUUACUGUCAUGAAAUAAAUGCUCAACAUCAGGUGCCAUAUAUUUUAUUCUACAUUUUGCACCUAUACAGAAACAUGUAUUUUACGAAAUAAACAAUAUAAACUUUCAGAUCUGGCAUGAUUAGUACUUUGUUACAAAUAUUAUUAUUUACCUUA